AUGCGCCUCCAAAGAUUAACCCAAUUUGCUCUGAAACGCGCAAAUGUUCCUAGUGCCACUAGGUAUUGUGCCAGUCUCCCUUCGUACCGAGCAUUUCAUGAGACACGGAAAUCUCAAGCGGUGAAGCCCUUUCUUCUAGCAGACAUUGGUGAAGGAAUACGAGAAUGUGAGAUCAUUCAAUGGUUCGUGGAACCGGAAGCCCGGGUUGAGGAAUGGGAUAAGCUGUGCGAAGUACAGAGCGACAAAGCCUCUGUCGAAAUUACAAGCAGAUUUGCAGGGGUUAUAAAAAAGCUGCAUUAUGAAGCUGGGGACAUGGCAAAAGUAGGCAAGCCCCUACUAGAUAUUGAUAUACAAAGCGAGGUUAGCGCGCAAGAUCUGGAGGCCUUGACUGGCUCAGAUGCUAGUGGAGAAUCGGGCUUACAGCAAGAGAAGUCUGCGAACCCUUCGUCAACUGAAUCCACGAAAACCGAAAAUUUAGCCAGUUCCGAAGGCUCGCCGAGUAGCAGAAAACCAGAUGUGGUAUCCAGAAGUGCCCCGCCAUCUACCCCGCCAAUUGAUACUUCAAGAAGCAAGCACGCAAAUCUGGCAACACCAGCUGUAAGACACCUCACCAAGGAACUGAAGGUGGAAAUAACUGAGGUUAGAGGGACUGGGAAAGAUGGUAGGGUGUUGAAAGAGGACGUACAUGAGUUUGCGAGACGCCGUGCUGCUGGCACUUCGGCAGCUGAGCAGACCCCCACGGCAUCCGCGGUGCAGAUCUCGAAGCAACAAGAGACGGUAGUUUCAUUAACCAACAUUCAAUCGCAGAUGUUCAAGUCGAUGACAAAAGCCUUAGCUAAACCACACUUCCUUUAUACAGACGAGAUCGACUUCGACCAGCUUACCGAACUGCGCUCAAGGUUGAACAGGGGCUUGAAAUCGAGCCCAAUAUCAGACGUUCAUAAGCUCUCCUAUCUACCUUUUAUUAUCAAGGCCAUGUCUCUGUCCAUGGAUCACUAUCCAAUACUCAAUGCAAGGGUUGACGCGGAUCCCGGGACAGGCAAGCCGGUUCUUGUUCAUCGUACCCAUCACAACAUUGGUGUAGCCAUGGAUACCCCCAUGGGACUGUUGGUUCCAGUUAUUAAGAACGUUUCUAGUCUCAACAUCCUAGGUAUCGCCGCGGAACUCACCCGGUUACAGUUGCUAGCCUCUUCUGGAAAGCUUUCAACACAGGACCUUACCGGUGGAACUAUAACAUUGUCCAAUAUCGGAAGCAUAGGUGGCACCUAUGUAGCUCCUGUGAUAGUAGAGAAAGAACUGGCAAUAUUAGGCAUGGGGAAGUUGAGAACGAUGCCAGCCUUCGGACCAGAUGGUCAAGUGAUCGCCAAACAGGUCGUCAACUUUAGCUGGAGUGCAGACCACCGGGUCAUCGACGGAGCAACGAUGGCGCGGGCCGCCGAGGUAGUAAAAGGUUUCGUUGAGAACCCAGACAGUAUGCUCAUGCAUCUGCGGUAG